CGCUCGUCCUUCCCAAUAAUACACCACCAGUACGUACGUACGUCCACCACCGCGUUAUACAGCUCGACAAGAUGAGCGUCAUCGAACAGUUGCACGCAAGGAGGCUCCUAUCGCACGCCGCCGCUGCUGCGACUGCUCCGUCGUCGGCUGCGGAGCCGGAGCCGGCGGCCGUGGCCAUGCCGCAGGCGCAGGCGGUGUCUGCAGCGCACUCGCACGCAGCCGCAGCGCCCUUCAGCUCGCUGAACGCGACGGUGAUCACGGCGCUCUCGCUGCUCCUGUGCGGCCUGGUGGCCGUGCUCGCGGUCCACGCCAUCGUACGCUGCGCAUUCCGCGUCACGCACCGCGUGUGCUACGGCCAGGACGAGGACGAGGACGAACCCGCCGCCGAUGCGUCGGCGGCCUCCUGCCAGGCCGGUCCCGCCAGGAGGAAGCGCGGGCCGCGGGCCGGGCUGCCCCCGUGGAUACUCUACUCCCGCGAGGUCGAGCUCGCCGGGUGCGGCGCCGGCGCGGCGGAAUGCGCCAUCUGCCUCGCGGAGUUCGUGCAGGGUGACCGCGUGCGCGCGCUGCCGCGCUGCAACCACGGCUUCCACGUGCGGUGCAUCGACCGCUGGCUCGCCGCGCGGCAGACGUGCCCCACGUGCAGGCGGGCGCCGUUCGCCGCUAAACCCUCGCUGACGGAGCCGGACAGCGCGGGGGCGCCGGAGGCAGUGCAGCUUCAGGUGCACGCCUGAAGCCGGGGCCGGGCAGCACGAGACCCUCACCAAGUAGCGUGAAGCCAGAUUUCCCAACUGUGUAGUCAUAGUCAUAGUGCAUGUGAGCAGUGGCCAGUGAGUGCUUUUUUCUUCUUCUCGACGUUCUCUCUUCUGUGAUACUGGCGAUACUACGGCCUUGAUCGGUUUUUUUUUUACAAGGCUGUACAAGUGGCCUGUUGCGAUGGUAUGAGAUAGAGUAUAAUUAACUUCGAUUGCAAAUAUAUAUAUGAUGGAAUCCUGGAAUAA